AUGGCCUCAAUUCAUCAAGUGAUUCUGGAUGGACGUCUAUCUCAAUUAAAUUUACUUGUCAAUAGAAUUGGUUGUAAUGUAAAUGAAAAAGACUCGUAUGGUCGAACACCACUUCAUUUAGCUGCACUUUCUGACCAAGAAAAUUAUGGGUAUCAAGUAGCUCGUCUUCUUCUUCAAGGUAAUGCUGAUAUAAAUAUAACUGAUUUUCAACAACAAACGCCCCUUGUUUAUGCUUGUCUACUUAAUCGAUCAAAACUCGUACAACUUUUAUUACGAACAAAAGCAAUUGAUUGGAAUAUUAUUGAUCAUGAAGGUUAUUCAGUUUUACAUCAUGCAGCAUCUUCAUCACAAACAUCAAUACUCGGAGAUAUUAUUCAUAAAAUGAAAUUAAUUGGCCUUUCAAUUGACUGUACAACUGAAUUGAAUUAUACACCCCUAUUAUUAGCAAUAAAAUCAUUAAGAUUUGAUAAUGCUAUUUAUUUUCUUGAUCAUACCGAUGCAUCACCAUUUGCUAUUGAUGAUGAAUAUCAUUUUACAUGUCAGCAAUGGACACAACAUGUCGGACCGAAAUUAAAUGAACGAACAUAUUACUGUCCAAGAAGAAAUUCAGCAUUGAAAAGAAAUAAAAGUCUCGAUAAAAACAUUCCAAAUUAUAAAUUUUUUUAUGGAAUUGAAUCACCUUAUCAAUGUAAAAUGCUUCUAUGCAAUCAUCACCAUAUGAAAUCAUUAGAUGAAAGUACCUAUACACCAACUGUUCUAUUAUCGCCGAGUAAAGAUCGAAAAUUAGUGGCAUCAUCUAACACUGCUCAAAAUGAGAAAAUUCAUCUUAAACCGUCGCAUCAAUUAUGGAUGGAACUUGUACAAAGAUUACAUGAUCGAACUUCAGCAUUGCAACCUGUAAUAAAUGUAAAUACUCAUUCUAAAUCAGAAAAACAACUACGACGAGAAAAAUCAUGGGCUGGCCAUGAUACUAUGUCAGCAUGGCAUAACGAAAAGUUGAAUUCAAAUAAACAAGUUGUUACAUUAAUCAAUCAUUAUUCAAAUAUGUUAACAAAUGAUAAUCAUGAAAGAUCUACAGCAAGUUUUCAUGAUCGACCAAAAAGUAUUUUACGUCCAAAUGGAAUGGCAAAUAAAAUUCGAUUAGCAAAAGAAGUUACAUUUGCAGCAAAUUCACUAUACUUAUAA